UGUGAGCACACAUGCACUCUCAUCCUCUUUCUCUCCACUGCACACAUAUCGUGGAAGCUACAAAGCAGCUGACCUUACAACAAAGCUGCACACUGCACAGAGGAGAGUGAGGUGAAAGGAUAGGAGAGGUGACAGCUCUUAGUCAGUUAGCAGCGGGCGACUAACUCUCCCCGACAAAGUCUGCAUGACGGGAGCAGUGGGAGGACAAGACAAUCACCGCAGAACAAAAGAAAAAGGAGAAAACAGUCCAGGACUGCAGCCAAAACUCAACAUUUACCACCAAAAGAAGCAGGAGGAAGAGGCAACUUUGCUACAGUAGAUUUAUAGAAGCGCAACGCUGGAGGGAGCACCAUGUGAGCAGCUCUUCUGUGCCAAGUCUCUCAAAAGCUUACAGCAGAGUCAGCAGUGCAGUUUUGUUUCACCAUUUUCAGGGCCUGUUAGCAUAAAGAGCCAUGCCUCUGUUCGGCUGGAUGAAAUGGUCCAAUCAAACGAGAGCACAGACUCGACCUCCAAGCCGAGUGGAGCCUGUGCUCGGCCAUAUGUUGCUCACAGAGCUGCUGUGGCACGUGGAGGAGCGAGAACGUCUGGCAAGACAACUGGAGCGGGAGAACCGGCUGGCCCACAGCGCCCUGGGUCUCCACUGGUUCCAGAAAUACCCCAACCUACGAACCCUCGUCUCGUCGUCAGAGCUGCACCAGCUGCAGUUCCUCUGCUCACAGGUUCCACCCGUCGACACAGCCACCGUCGUCUCAAGGUUUCGUGAAGUGAUCGUCACCAACGACGUACGACACUGGGAGCUGGCAACCAUCUUCAAGCACAUCCUGAUCGACUUCCUCAGCCAAAGACAAUCAAUUGAAGAAGAAGGCUUAUCAAUGGAGGUCUGGAGCAGCCAGUACAAGAAGCAGGGCUCGGUCACUCCCAUAAUGCCCCAGGGUGGAAGUCAUGAAAGGGAAGAGAUCCCAACGGUCUCUGGGUAUGUGGAUCGGGCCAUGCGCCACUCAAGUUCGUUCACACCCAGCAGGGCCUGGGAUCUUCCGUACUACUACCCCGUGCCUCUGAGACCCAAAGGAGAGAGUACAACACUGUGAGAAGAUACACCCUAGUGUGGAGAAAUGGGAAAAUGUCCUGCAAUAAGCCAAGGAUCAAUUCUGUGAAAGAUAUUUCUCCCCCAACAACUGGUUUACGUACUAAUGAAAACCCCUCGUUUGAGUUUGUAUUGUACCAGAGGGCUGUAGCAAUCCUGUAGUAACGAAGAAUAGGUUUGUAAAUAUGAAGAAGAUGCUUUCAUUAUUAACAUUUGAGAUUUUUUUUUCUCUAUGUAGAGUUUUCAUGAUGUAAGAAAUACAAAAAAAAAGUCACACAAUUUUCCUCAACAUUUUUUAAAAUCUACGCAAUAAAGUAGGACUGGACAAUAAACCAAUAACGUAUAUCAAGAUAGACAAGUGAUCAAUAUCAAUAGAUAAUGCAUCUGAUCAAAUAUUCAAUACGUAGAAUAUUCACUGAAUGCCGAUCAAGAACUGCACAGCAUUCUGGGAGAUCUAGGCAGAGGACAGCCUUUAGCCUCUCAACCUCUCACAGCUAGCUAAGCAAGGUUGGUGUAGUCAACUAACUCACUCCCUCUUUUUUUACCUAGCAACUCUCAUUCUUUGGUUACCUAGCAACAACCUAUUGAGUAACUUGCAAAGCAGCAGUUUCAGGUUUCACCACCGUGCCUCAAAACUGCUUACAAGUG